GUUUCAAGGGCGCAGCUGAUUGAAUUUAAUGGUCGAGCGGGCAAAACACGUAAACGUUCCGAGCGAAUCUCGUUCUUCAACUUUAGCGUAGCCGGUGAAGUGCGUCGCGCUUUUACUCAAUAUUGCGAAACCGUUCGGGGAAACCGCACGCUUUUCUUGCUAUGGGUUCCUAUGUCAACACCCGGGCGAAUGCCAAACGGAUCGCAAACAUCGAAAACUGCUUUGGGAGCUCCGGCCAGCCGCUAGCUUCCCAUGGCCGCGUGCUUGUUGGGGAGGGCGUCCUCACAAAGAUGUGCCGGAAGAAACAGAAACCGAGGCAGUUUUUUCUCUUCAACGACAUACUCGUCUACGGCAACAUCUUGAUCAACAAGAAGAAAUACAACAAGCAGCACAUUAUACCAUUGGAAGAGGUGAAGCUGGACAACCUAGGGGACGAUGGGACCGGGCUGAAGAAUGGCUGGCUCAUCAGGACCCCAACCAAGUCCUUCGCCGUGUAUGCAGCAACCGCGACGGAGAAGACUGAGUGGAUGGCGCACAUCAACAAAUGUGUUGAAGACACCAUAAGGAAAACUGGGAAGUACCCUACCAAGGAGCACGCUGCCGUGUGGGUUCCCGACGCGGAGGCUGGUUACUGUAUGCACUGUCGAAAGACCCAGUUCACCAUGCUCAACCGUAGGCACCACUGCCGCAAGUGUGGUACCGUGGUCUGCGGCCCGUGCUCUAACCGCAAGUUCCUGCUGCCAGCACAGUCCAGCAAGCCCUUGCGGGUGUGCCUCACGUGCUACGACGCUUUGUCUAGGGCAUCCAUCCUGGAGUCGACCACGGGCGGCAUGGCGAGAGUUCAACAAAAGGUGGACAAGCCGGUUACUGGGGCAGACUCUUCCGGGGACGAUGACUCCGACUACGACGACGACGACAACCGGCAGUCGACGGACAAUGGGCUGUCCAAGGACAUGGAUGGCCUCACUUUCGACGAGAAGCCCACGUUCUACGGAGACAUGAUGGAAGCCAAGAGCCCCGAAGUGGAACUCGCCGAAGAAGCCAAAGCAGUGCCAGCGUCACCCGAGCAGAAAGAGUCGAACAGCUUGCAAGACGCGUCGCCCACGUACGAGAACGCGAAAAGGGAAGCCCCCGCGGUGGAUUCCAUGGCAGGGGGAGAGCCCCACCCCGACGGACACUGAGGGCACCAGUUUACUCUUCGAAUGCCGCAGUCCCACACGCUCUAGGCUUAUUUCUUGCCCAAGAAGGUGCUUUCUCCACUGUUCGGGUCACUCGUGCACUUGUUGCCGUGGUGCUGGUUUCGCGUGUUUGUGCGGCUGCCUUUAUUCGAUAUGGGUCGUCCAGGGUUUGGAAUUUUUUUUGUUUGUCCCCCCGAGAUAUCUGCGAAGUCACACGGUAAAACUGUCCCAUUUUACGAAAGCGUAGUGUUGCUCUCACGCAACGCAAUGCUCGUUUUUAAGGCUGCAUUUUUUGCAGUCUAGAUAGGGAGUGCAUGUAGCACACGAGAUGCUGAGCCAUUCAUGUACAUCUGGGAUUCCUAGCUUUUUCAGGUGCUUCUGGUUUGAUUCACAAUAAGGUGCUUCUGUCUUAUGGUUUUGAGUAAUAUGAAAGCAGUGCAUCUGCAGAUAUUGCUGCAUGUUAUUAUUUGCACAGCAUGAAACGCAACAAGGACCCUCCCAUGUGUGCUGUUACUCGGAGAGUGCCUUGUUGUGUUGCUAUAAAUGCCGCAGUAAACAUUGUGGUCCGAGUGUGCGGGCGAGCAUUACGAAAGGAUGUGCACUAUCCAUAAAUUGAUGCAUUUCAUUCUGUUUCACUUACGUCUUAUAUUUUCAAGAUAUGCUGCAUGAACUGAGGGCCCAGCCUGGUUUAAAGCUCUUCAUACUUUGUUGCAUUCUUCAAAUGUCCAUAAGAUGGGACCACUUUGCAGUGUGACUGUACACAAUAGUUGCACGUGGUACACGAAUCGGCGGCGGUGAAAGCUUGUUCUAAAGACCAUUAGAAGCCAAAUGGCGAGGAAUCGGCAUGGCAUGGUGCAAUAGAGGUAGUAUGACGCUGCCUGUUCCUAGCAAGACUAAAGCAGUAUUGGCAUCCUUUAGCAUGGCAAGAAUGUAUGUACUGGAAGUCACAUUUAGGACUGCUAAUGAAGUCCUCCAAUUUUGAAAUCAUUAUACAAUACAAUAACGCACCAAUGCUUGGGACAGCACUUUUUUUUUUCACACAAGAAAGGUGUGGAAAUAUCUUGGCAAUGAUUAUCUUGUCGCAUCUAAACUGCAAUUAGAGCUCCGAGCUAAUAUUUUGUAGCAUUGCUUUUUCUUGCUUUUGGUCCCUCUUCAGCGGUCAGAGAGAUGAUCUUCUCGCGUUACUGACAGGAUCUGGCAAUUGCGAGCAAUGAACGAUGAUGCUAGCUUGCAAUCCUGUUGAACAAAAUGCUGCCCUCUACCCACUGUCAGCAUAGCGUCACAGGAUGUAGCUGCUUGUUCUAAUUUUCGCAUCCAAGUCUUCCACUAUUUCGAUACAGGUUCUACCUUGUGCGAAUGAAAACUCCCUUGUCAUAGUGCUCAUUUAGUUGCAAAGGCUAUGUGAAGCUUGUUCGACAGCCGACGGUGUGUGUAAUGUACUGCAUACGAGACGGACAGCGUGCUGUCGUGUCGGGCACAACUACGCACCGGAGCUAGUUUGUUGCCAACCACAGUACUAAGUGCCUGCUUUCGGAGCAGAACUUCAUGAGGACAUGACGAGGCCUACGGGGACUUUGCUGGCCCCCAGUGUUAAACAGGUUGCAUGUGUGAAGAGAUUUUUUCACGCUUUCGAUGUGUCUUUAGCAACGUGCUUUCCGGCUGGAACUUUAGGAAGUGCAGCUAUGACUAAGUUGCCAAUUGAAUAUCCACUUCUGUAAUCAGAGUAAGAUUGUUUUCUUGUUUUGUUCCUGAAUGCAUAUGAGUUCCUUUGUAAAAUUAUGCUUUCUGUUAGUGCGCAGAUGCAACGCUCGUUUCGCUUUACAGGGCCACAUAUAAAAAAAUUUCAGACCUAAAAGAGUGUCCUUGCAAGGCUGGCGCUUGCUUAUGUUCAAUCAGGCUUGGACAUCAUGGGGAUGUCUAGGCCGUGAAAGCUUCUAGUACUGAAAACUGCAUCGUGUGGAGUGAAGGCCUCGGAGAGGUCAGUCGCACGGGUUUGUGCUUUCGCUUAUCUUCCAGGCCAACUUUUUCGUAUUAAGGAGAUUUGCCAUAUGUUUGUUUUCCUGUUAGAUUUUACUUUUCAGUGCUUUGUUAUAAUUUAGUGGAGGCAUUCAAAUCAUGUUUUAUCAGUUUCGUGCAAAAACGUGCUACCUUCUUAAUGUAUUAGGUUUUUUUUACUAUAUAUUUGCUAAAUGAUGCUAACAAGAACAAGUUUCUCUGUUCCUUUUUAUCAAGCUUUGAUUUGACUAAAAUAUGAUAAUGUGACACUGCACUAAAGAAUGUGUCAGAAAAAAAAUUUUUAGGCAAGGAAAGAUGAUCGAAAAUUUUUUUGGAAUUAUGCAAUCCGAACAUGUUUAACCUAGAAGUAGAGCUAAUAUUUGAUAAGCAGUAAUAGUGUGCCCUGAUUCAUUACAACAUCACUAGACAUCGUCACAACUUGUGUAUCAUUUGCGACGCAUCCGGUAUCUUAGGCAAGCAUUCUGAACUGGUAGCUUUAGGGGAUACCUCAGCUUGAUGUAUAUACUUCAAUGGGCUUUACGGUAUUCUCUGUGCCGGCUUGACCAUUUAGUUAUCCACUAUGAUAACCAGAAGAGGUGACCAACCAAGAAUGUGGCUUUGCUAGUACAUUACGCUAAAUCUAUUAUGUGGAAACCCAACUUCAAGGCGGGUAAACAUAGUAGGACCCUCGUAGAGUUUUUCUCCAAGUGCCUUUUGCUGCGAGGGAAUGGACACUUGUAAUAUGCUUGCUAGUAGGAAGAUAUUAACACAGGUUUUUGAUAGCACAGCACUUUUGUAUGUAUGUGUUUGAGUGAAUGUGGUGUAAAUAGCAACAGAAAAUUUUUUACUAGUGUGACCACAGGGAAGAUCGAUCGUUUUGUGGGUCAACUUUUUUUUUCUCCAACCACAUAACUGUUGAUCUAAUAAAAUCGUAAAUGGGUCUUACAAA